AUGCAUUAUAUAAUAAAAUUGCUUGUAUCCCUUGCUUUGUUUAAUGGGUUAUGUGAAGGCCAUUCAGAUGGCUCAGUAUAUAAUACAAAGAAUAGGUAUUCUAAUUAUGAUAAUAAAAAUUUAAAUAAUAUUUUUAAAUCAAAUAGCCCAGGAUGCACUGGAGAACUUGAAAAAAGUAUAAUAAAUGGAGAAAAAAUAGAUUGGAGUAGCUAUGAGUUUAUGGAAAAUCAUAACGGAAACCAUAAUGAAAGUUCAAUUAGUAUAAAAAUUAAUAAAUCUAAAGAACAUAUAAUAGAAUUACCUGUUUUCGAUAAAAAAAAAAUGCCUUCGAACCAAUUUUAUAAAAUUCUUUUUAACUGUGCUAAAGCAUCUUCAGCAAAACCAUAUUUAACAGAUAUUUGCAUAAAUAAAUAUUUUAAAAAGUACAAUGUACCAUUUUCAACUGAAUGCGUAAAAUGCUUUUCCGAUUUUAUUGGUUGUGGAUUUAUAUCAUGUAAUAAGGAAUGUUCAAAAGAUCAAUGCACUAAUGCUUGCAGAAAUUGUAGUCAAAAAGCAUGUUUUAAUACCUUAUUAAAAUGUACACAAUUAGAUUCCUUACCAGACCCAUGCAAUUAA